AUGCCGACGUCGACAAAGGUGAAAAGGACCCAGCUGCAGGCGAAACAGCACAAGUUUUUCGAGGCCUCCUGCGACAUAAUGGGCCGAACUCGGCUGCAGGACGGCGAGACGUUCAACUUUGACAGCGCCCAGCAGGUGUUGAGCUCGCACAUCAACCACAAGGCGACGAGUCACUGCAAACUGCGCUGCAUGACCGACCAUCUCUACAUGAAGAGGUCCAGUCCCUUCGGCAUGUCGCCGCCACGCUCGUACUACGCCUACACAGACAUCAAGCGCUUCUUCGUCUUCAACAUGCAGCCCUACACCGUGGUUAUGGGCGUUGCUGAAACCACGACACUCGGCAACAACCAGCCCACCAGUCGUCAUGGUGCCCGCGAUUCACGAAGUCUGCCCAGUGGUGUGGGUCUCUUCUACACUCUGGUGAAGUUCAAGAACUCGACACUGGCCAAUGAGUUCUGCGAUCUGCUGUUGAAGGCGCAGGCGCAUCCGCACUUUCUGCUCACUCUCGAGGACUACCCGAACGCCAUGACCUACUCGUCGCAGUCCAGUCUGGUCGGCCACGAGCCCGGCCACGAGCUGGGUCAUUCGACGGCCCGUCUGGACGGGAUGCAGACGAACGGGCGGCCCGAGAUGCAGGAGAGCCGGUCGGAGACGACGGCCGCUCUGAUGGCCGCCCAGUUCCAAGAGCUCGAUCGGCCCCACGACGCCGCGGCUGGGUCGACCGACACGUCGGAGACGCCGAGCCACACAACCGCGCACUCGAAGACGAACAGACGACGGAAACAGGCCAAUGCAGACGUGCCGGAGCAAGAAGAAGAAGAUGAUGAAGAUGAAGAUGAAGCAGAAGAAGAAGAAGAAGAAGAAGAGGAGAAGGAAGAGGAAGAGGUCAAGGUGACGGCACAAGUGAGGCAGGCACAGCCGGCCUACAGACGUCGCUCGCCGUCGCCCAUCCCGCCCGGCCACGAGUCUCCAGUGCUGCAGGCGACUGUGCAGUCGGUGACAGCCGCCAAGCCGAGCCAGGACUCGGGAAGCCCGGCGAAGCGGGCCGAGUUCGCGACCGGUCUCCGGAAGCACCGCAGCUACUCGAACCAUCCGAGCUCGGAGACACGCAACGGAACUCGCGACCCCCCCAGGACCGAGUCUAUGCUGUACCGGUCGAAGAGUUCCAAUUUCAUGCGUCCCUUCAUCAUAGACCCAGAACGGCUGCACGAAGAGCUGACGAAAAACACGAAGGAGGACGACAUGUGGGCCGUGGACCUCAAGUACAUCACUACGCAUCCGGUGCGCGGUUGUGAAAUCUCGCCAAGAGGCUCCGUCUACAUGUUCACCGCCCACCACAUGGUGCCCGAGUACCGAGGCUUUUCAGUCUGCAGCAGCAGUUCGGGCAGCGCCAAUUCACUCAAGUGA